AUGAUUAUCCCCAUCCGCUGUUUCUCCUGUGGCAAGGUUGUCGCCGACCUCUGGGAGCGCUACAUGGCUCUGCUGGAUGAGGGCAUGCCCGAUGGUGACGCUAUGGACAAGCUCGGCCUGACGCGCUACUGCUGUCGCCGUAUGCUCAUGACCCACGUCGACUUGAUCGAGAAGCUGCUCCGCUACAACCCCAACGAGCGCGACAUCAUCAGACAGCGUGUCUAA